ACAUAUUUGCGCGUACGUGCGAACUUCCUUUUCCUAUUUGGAAGUAAACGCGCAAACGAUGACGCGCGAGUUCCCCACCGUUUCGAUCAUCAUCGGCGUCGAAGGAUCCUUUCUCGCUCGUGCGCCUCUCGGAUCGUUCCGGACAGCAGCGGUCAGUAGCGCGCGAGCGUCCGCGUGCGGAACGUCAUUAAAAUUGUAGCAGUUACUCGCAGGAACCAAGCACGAUGACACCGCGCGCUCUGUGGAAAGCGUGCCUGGCGUUCAUCCUGGUAUGCCAGACAGCGCGGCGUGUCGGGGGACACCCUCGCCGACCGAGCGCGCCGGAAGCCGAGGACGCCGUGAUGCAGGACCUAAUCAGCACGGCCUACGAGAACGGCGAGCUGCUGCGAUCGGAACAAUGGCGAUGGGACGAGAGCGACGAGGACGACGGCGGAGUCGGCAGACCGGUGCAGCGGGACGCGUCAAAGCAGGGGACUGUAACGAGCGAUGAGACUUCCGUAUCCUCGAGGCCACGGGACGGAGCGCAAGGAGAGCAGAGGGCAUCGUGGGAAGCUUCAAGCACGGGGACGUCGAUGCAAUCGGAUGAUAACAUCAUCUUUCCAACGGAUCGCAGAUUCGUACCGAGUCCGACAUCGGUCUGCGAGAAUAGCACGUACUGCGAGGAGGUCUCCAAUUAUCCCAGGCAGCUGGUGAACGCGGCAAUAGCGCGAAAUGCCAGUCUCAGGUUCCUCGGAAGCAUUGACCCGUUGUCCGAUAUCGAGCAGAGAAUAGAUUCAGCAGACGACUCGCCGCUUUGCCGAUAUCGCGAACAAAUGAUCUAUCCACAGAGCGCGAAGAACAAAGAAAACCAAUGGCUAUUCGUGGUGAAUCAGGACAACCUGAAACAAGGGAUACGCAUCGAGGUUUGCAUGAACGACGGUCAGGAGUGCAGCAUGAUCCAGGACUUCGCCGAGGGUUACAAGACCAGCUGCAAACAGAAGUACAUCUACCGGGAACUGGCAGCGGUGGGUAGCGACGGUAACGUCAUCAAGGACUCGUUUCGUUUCCCAUCGAGUUGCUGUUGCCACGUGAAGUUCGUCGGCGAUCCACAGCUCAGGCUGAGGUUCGGCCUGCGAUACAACCAGACCACUAGCGCGACAACGAGAUCCUCCCAGCGGGGGAUGUGAAGCGAAUCCGGUGCGAAUCCGUCCGCUUCUCGCGGACUUUGCGCUGCAACAUCUCCAUGUAGAGGGCACGUAGGGCAAAGAUGACACCCUCAUGAUGUAACAACCCUAGUAGCACAGUGCAUUGGCUUUACAUUGGCCAAUGUUUGGCUAACGUAAAGCCAAUGCACUGUGCUACUCGGGAAGAACCCCAAGUCGAUUAAGCUACGCGGGAAUUCAAUUGGCCCAAUUGUUAUGGGGAUACGAUAACUCGAAGUACUUUCGAAUCGAACGAAGUCCGUCUCGCCACUUGUUACGCACGACGCUUGACGACCAUUAGUUUAGAGGGGGACGGAGGUAUCUUCGAAAGAACAAACACAAUUUUUAUAUAAAUAUCUCAAUAUGUUCUCCUUAAACAAUAAUUAAUAAUAGGAUAAGAGACGUGUACAAAUUUAUAUAAUGUGAUACAAUUGCUUAUGCGUUAGUUACAUAUAUUUAUGUCGUAUAUUUUUCCUAAAUCUUAGGAGUAAUCAAAUGCGAAUAAAAGUUAUCCAUUGU